AUGAUGCUGUCGCGCGACGCGUGGUCCAGGUGCGAGGCGAAGGGCGGGCCGGAAACCAGCGGAUCCAGAUCGCCGCUGCGCAUGCUGAUGGAGUUCCAGUGCGAAGCGAGCUGGGCGGCGGGUUGCCAUUCUCAGAAAGCUCCCUGCGGCCACAGCGCCAGCCACAAGAGGGGCGAGGGGGAGCGCGUGGCAGUUCCCGACGAGGAUCCCGCAGCCGCCGUCAGACAAGAGCAAAAGUUCUGGGAAUGCACCUAUUGCCACCGGGUGUUCCGCUCCGGCCAGGCCCUCGGCGGCCACAAAAGAUCCCACCUUUUCCCCUCCUCCGCCAUCCUCGCCACCAUCACUUCACCGGAAACACCUCUUCCUCGUCCACGCCCCGCCUUUACCGCAGCAAACACCGCGGCUUCCAACGACAACGAGACCAGAACCGGCAUAGAUCUCAACCUCCCAGCUCCGCCUGAGGAAGAGGCGGAACUCUCGGCGCUCUCCGUGGCGAUAGAUUUGGCCAGCAAAUGA